AUGCAGUUUGCUGAUUCAGAUGCAGUGAAGUCAGUGUCAGUGAUGGAGGGAGAUUCAGUCUCUCUACAGACUAACACUGAACUACAGACAGAGGAUCAGAUAACGUGGGCAUUUGGACCUUCAGCGGUUUUUCUAGCUCAAUUACAAAAAGAAACUAGAAUCGUAAUCACACAUGAUCCUGAUGGGAGAUUCAGAAACAGGCUGAAGGUGAAUAAUCAGACUGGAUCUCUGACCAUCACAAACACCAGAACCACACACUCUGGACUUUAUCAAAUAAUCACCAGCAGCAGCAGGAGCAGAAACACCACAUACAAAUUCAAUGUUACUGUCUUUGCUAGUCUGCCUGUUCCUGUGUUCAGAAGAAUCUUUUCAUCAUCAUCAUCACAGCAGAAUUGUUCAUUGGUGUGUUCAGCUGUGAAUGUGAGUCAUGUGACUCUCUCCUGGUACAAAGGAAACAGUUUAUUGUCCAGCAUCAGUGUGUCUGGUCUCAGCAUCAGUCUCUCUCUACCUCUGGAGGUGGAAAAUCAGGAUAAAAACACCUACAGCUGUGUGCUCAACAAUCCCAUCAGCAACCAGACUCAACAUCUGGACAUCACUCAACUCUGUACUCUGUCUGCGGUUGUGGUUCUACUGAAGCUGUGA